AUGGAGGCACAAACUUUCAACAGGAUCUAUGAGAUAUUACAUUCGUAUGACUCCAUAGAGAGGGUAUUCGACCCUUCUUGGUCCUUCUUAGAAGUUGCAUGUGCAGUUUUAGUAUUGGCGCACAACAAUCCCUUAGAUGCUGCUAAGUUGGUUGAAUUGUACAACAAUGAUAAGGCGGCGGUUUUGCAGAUGUAUGUCCAUGCAAGAGAUGAUCCUGACCAGAUUGAACAUAUUGACGGUUCAGAGACAGGCGUAUAUAUCUUUGACCUGGCAAUCUAUAUGCUCCGAUACACAAAUGGCUUCACCAGUCGACACCCUAGUGGUGAACUACUGAAAAAGAUCACAGUUAUUGACGCUUACACAGAAUAUUGCCACAAUAUGAUGCUUGAAAUAUACAAGGUGAAACUCUGUGAGUUAUUCAACGAGGAACGGUGGGCUCUCUAUCUGACGAACUCAAUGGAUGUUUUGAACACGGAUGUCUUUAACCACAAAGACUUUUUCACUGCAUUUCUGAUGGAAUCAUACGGAUACACAAAGGAAUGUGUUUUGCAGGGGUUGAAAGCAAUUGAGGUUGACAAUAAGUGGCUGUUAAAAAUUAAAAGUUUCAACUAUGGUUUUAUAAAUAUUAACGACGAAGAAAUUAUGCAAUUAUGCAAUGACAGGGCCACUGAUAACGCUGAAACAAUACGGUAUAAUUUGCAGGAGUUGAAUGUCGUCCUUGCAUCCAAGAAAUUCAAAAGUGCCAAAUUAGCCACCUUGGAAACCCUUACGAACGGUGAAAUAUUGAAUGUUGUUAUAGACUUGAAAAGGGGGAAGAAACUCAUAGUGGAUAUUGAUCUGGUCGAUAAAGUCCUUACCUUCCCGCUACAGCAGCAAAGUGUAAACAUUAAUAAGAUGCUCACACAUGUACUACCUGCGGCUCUGGAUAGAGACUGGACCUUUUCUAAUGCAACCCCGCAAUAA